UUUUCUUUUCUCUUUUUUCCUUAUAACUCUCUCUCUCUCUCUCUCUCUCUCUCUCACACACACACACACACACACACACUUCACACUUCACACUUAAUUCAAUAUGGACAACAUCAAGCACAGUCAUGUUGAAGUGAAGGGACUGAAGCUCCAUGUAGCUGAGAUUGGAACAGGUGAAAAGGUAGUUGUAUUCUUACAUGGAUUUCCAGAAAUAUGGUAUACAUGGAGAUACCAAAUGAUUGCUGUUGCAAAUGCUGGUUACCGUGCUAUUGCCUUUGAUUUUAGAGGAUAUGGACUUUCUGAUCAUCCAGCUGAGCCAGAAAAAGCAACUUUAAUGGACCUUGUUGAUGAAAUUAAGGAUCUUUUAGAUUCAUUAGGCAUCACCAAGGCUGUCCUUAUUGGUAAGGACUUUGGUGCCAUACCAGCAUAUCUUGUAGCUGCUGUCCAUCCAGAAAAAGUAGCUUCUGUCAUAACUUUAGGCAUUCCUUUCAUGCUUCCUGGUCCUUCUGCUGUUCAGAAUCAUCUUCUCCCAAAAGGCUUCUAUAUUACUAGGUGGCAGGAGCCUGGAAGAGCAGAAGCAGAUUUCGGCCGCUUCGAUGUUAAGUCGGUUAUAAGGAACAUUUAUAUUCUGUUUUCUAGAAGUGAGGUGCCAGUAGCAGGUGAUGAUCAAGAAAUCAUGGACUUGUUUAAUCCAUCUAUUCCCCUCCCACCAUGGUUCUCUGAGGAAGACUUGGAAGCUUAUGCAUCACUAUAUGAAAAUUCUGGUUUUAGAUUUGCAUUGCAGGUUCCGUACAGGUCUCUCACAGUGGAAAAUGGGCUAACUGAUCCAAAAGUGAAUGUUCCUGCAUUGCUGAUCAUGGGUGAAAAAGACUAUUGCCUCAAGUUUCCUGGCAUGGAAGAGUACAUCCGAACCGGGACGGUGAAACAUUUUGUGCCAGACUUGGAAACCAUAUAUAUUCCAGAAGGAAGCCAUUUUGUGCAUGAACAAUUUCCAGAGAAGGUGAACAACCUCAUCAUUGAAUUCCUUGACAAACAAAGUAUCUGAUUGUGAUUGUGGUAGUAGUGGAGGCUAAGAGUCUCAUGCUUAAUGUUUCUUGUGCUUUGUGUGGUGUGAUUUCUAUUGUAUGGUACCUCCCAUUUCAAUAUGUAAUUUGAGCAAGAACUAUGAAUGAUUUUAUUCUACAAUAACAAACAUAGUCUACAAUGAGAUUUUUUCUUUAAAAAUGCAAA